AUGGCAUCCCAAGAGUUGACGGAGUACCCAUCUCGAUUUCAUUCCUCGCCUCGGCCAUCAAUAGAUGAGUCAAAUGAUACCCCGCGUUCUGAACUGGAGCAACGUCCACUGCCACUUGUAGACCAAGGCAGAGGCGCCUGGUUGAUGCUUGCCUCGUGCUGCUUGAUUCAAUUGCCGGUCUGGGGUUUUUCUCUUGUUUCCGGCCUCUUCCAGGAAUACUUUUCGACACAUAGUGAUCUCGAGAGAGGUAAAGGGGGCCUGGCAAUGGUGGGAACAACGUCAACGGGAAUUCUUUAUCUCCUGUCACCUGUGACGUUCACGCUUCUGACUCGCUAUCCAUAUCUACAAAAGUACUGCGCGUCGAUCGGACUGGUCCUCAGCGUUGGCGGCUCUCUGCUCUCUUCUUUUUCCACCACCGUCUGGCAAUUGAUCGCGACCCAGGGCGUGAUUUGUGGCCUCGGAAAUGGCCUCGUCUUCAGCCCUACCACCCUCUAUUUAGACCAGUGGUUUAUUCGCCGCAAAGGUCUCGCGUAUGGAAUCAUGUGGGCUGCCAAAAGCAUCUCCGGCGUCGCUCUACCCUUUGUGGCGAGUGCCUGUCUCGACCAGUUUGGAGCCAGUACGACUUUGAGGGCAUGGACGGUAGUCACGUUACUCACCACCCUUGCGGCCUUGUAUUCUAUCAGGCCACGGAUCCCACCGGCACCAUCAACUGCCCCUCAGCCACUAGACCUUGCUUUCUUGAAGCUGGCCACGUUCUGGAUGCUUCAACUAGGGAAUAUAAUCCAGAGCUUCGGUUACUUCUUGCCCAGCACCUAUCUACCGUCCUAUUCAACCACUGCAGCGGGUCUAUCUGACACCACAGGGACCCUUCUUUUAGCACUUUUCAACGCCACGUCCGUGGUUGGAGGGAUAGUGUUAGGAUCUCUUUGUGAUCGCUUUGCCGUUACCAACAUCAUGUUGCUCUCCUCCGUAGGCUCGGGGCUCUCUGUCCUGCUGUUCUGGGGCCUAUCGAUAUCCCCCUCUUCUGGAAGCUAUCCACAAGCUGCCAUUGCCCUUCUAGUCCUCUUUUCUAUCACGUACGGAUUCUUCGCCGGCGGUUUCAGUUCCACUUGGUCGGGAGUGCUCACCCAGGUCAAGCGCGAGGUGCCAUCUUUGGAAACAGGAUUGGUUUUCGGGCUGCUGGCUGGAGGUAGGGGCAUUGGCAGUGUCAUCAGUGGCCCGCUGAGCUCAGCUCUCAUGCAACAGGGCUCGCUAACGGGAAAGGCGAGCGGUGGGAUCGGGUAUGCCACCGACUACGGAUCGUUGAUUCUUUUCACGGGCGUGACGGCUAUUUUCGGGGGAUGGAGCUGGAUGUGGCAUCAUCUCAAGACUGGUUCUGAUAGAUAGGAUUGACAGUCGAGAAUAAUGUAGAAGUAUUCGAGGCGUUGGCAAGCCACCGCCUAUACAAAGCGGGCAAGAUCACGUGCGCGCCGCAGUUCCUGCGCAUCGCCAAGUCGAGGACGUGAAGCUGCG